AUGGCCCCAAAGACGGGCAAGGCAGCGACGAAGACGAAGGAAGGCAAAGAUCUGCUUUGGGUGCGGGAGCAGCUGGAGAAAAUCUCGGCUCAGCUCUCUGCCGGCCCUCCGUGGCUUUCAGAGCCACACUCUUGGCACCAGGAGCAGCUGCGAGAGCUUCAAGCUCGCCUGGAGGAAGGCGGGCUUCAGAGCCUUUCCAGCGAGCUGCGGGAAGGCGUCGAGUUCUACCUCUCUCAGUUCGAGGACGGACAGUCGGUCUCAGAGGAGGAGUUCUACCUAGACCAGGAGCUCUAUUGUGAGCUGCAGCCGAAAGCGCCAGAGCCCGAGCAGCCCUACAGCAGGGCAUCGGCAUCAGAGGCAGAGCUGAAGCUUUGCGAAGAGCUGAAAAGUUGGGUGGACACCACUCCCCAUGGUCUGAGCAAGCUCCAGAAGCUACUGGAGAAGCACAGCCACUGUGCAGAAGUCCAGGAAGUCGGUCUGACUCGCUUGGGUGGACUGCUGGCUGAGGUGAAGGCAGGGGGCAGCGCAGUGCCCUCCGGUUCUGGAUUCAGCCCUGGAUCGGUGUGCCCGGUCGUGUUGGAGGCCAUGACCCGCUUUCCUCGCGAUGCCGGCGUCCAACGAGUCGCGUGCAGUGUGCUGAGAGGCAUCGUCGUGACUGACGGUGGCUGCACAGUAGUGGCGGAUGCUGGCGGAGCUGCGCGUGCAGUAGAUGCCAUGAAAGCCCACUUGGUCGACCCGGAGGUGUGCCGCAUGGGAGCAGCAGUUCUCUACGCAAUGGUCCAGAAAACGGAUCCGGCUUCCCCCGAAAGGCUGAUGAUGCGCACCACAAAGGCCCACCAGGUACUUGCCGAGGCUCUGCAGUACCACCCGACCGACCGAGCGCUCGACCGAGCAUGUCGCGUGACCAUGCCAGAAUUGAAAGGCUGA